CGGCGCAACGGAGGCGUCUGGAAGUAUUUCAGUGGGUUUUUUUUUUCUUCCCUUUCACCUAAACAGAUUAUUCUGCACUGCAUAUCUCCGUCCCGCAGAUGCGUUCGGGUUUUGCAGGGUGAAUUUCUAAGGGUUUUUCCUGUAUAUCCAGAUCCAGACAUGCAGCCUCCUCCGAGAAAGGUAAAAGUCACACAAGAGGUGAAACACACUCACACAGAGCAGCUGAGCAGACUCCAGCUCAAACACCAGACAGACUUGGACUUCCUAGAGGAUCUGAGAACAUACAGUCAGAAGAAAGCGCUAAUAGAGAAAGAUUACUCACAGGCUCUGCAUAAGCUUGCGUCUCAGUACUUGAAGCGAGAGUGGUCCGGAGCCCCAUCAGAGGAGCAGAAAGACUCCAGAAAUGUAUGGGCCGUAUGGAGAUCCUACUUAGAGGGCGUGAUGAAAGUGAGCCAGUCUCGUAUCAACGGAUGCGAGAACUACAGGAGCCAGAUCUCAGAUCCUGUGAAGAUGUUCAGAACGCAGAAAGACCUUCAGCUGAAGAAGUGCUGCGAACAGCUGGCAAGAGCUCAGGCCGAUCUACAGGUCACGAUCAGAGACCUGGAGAAGAGCAGGAAGACCUACCAGGAGGCGGAACAAACAGCGCAAACUGUGAGAGAGAAAGCUGAUAUGGAGGCCAAGUCAAAGCUCAGUCUGUUUCAGUCACGUUCCAGUCUGAAGAGGGCGAGUAUGAAGCUGAAAGCCAAGAAGAACGAAUGGAAGUCCAAAGCCACACAAACAAGGAAUGAUUACCUGCUUACACUUUCAGCCACUAACGCUCAUCAGGACCGCUAUUAUGAGACAGACCUGAUCAGCUGCAUAAGAGUUCUAGAUGGCAGUUUCUACGAUCAUGUACAGAGUUUUGUGACACAGGAUAUUCACCAACAGAUAUUCAUUCAGGACAACCCAGGGUUUCAGAAAGCCGCCCCCUUUCAGUAUCAACCCUGUGAAAAUGAUUCGAGUCGACAGCUGGAAUCGGAGACGGGAACCACCGAAGAACACAGUCUCAACAAAGAAGCAAGGAAAUGGGCCACACGUGUGGCUCGCGAACACAAAAACAUCAUCCAUUACAAACGGGCUCUAGAGGAAUGCGAGACGCUCGGGACUCCGCCCACGGAACAGAGCCGGAAUGAGCUGGAAUUCCGAAUAGAAGAGGCCAAGGAGAACAUCCGCAAAGCAGAGACAGUAAAGCUGAAAGCAGAAGCGCGUCUGGACCUCCUGCGGCAGGUGGGUGUUUCUGUGGACACGUGGCUGAAGAGCGCCAUGAACCAGGUGAUGGAGGAGCUGGAGAACGAGCGCUGGGCGUCUCUGCCCACCCUCACCACCCACGACCUCUCUCUGUCGACCACGGUGGACUUGGACAGAGAGGAAGGAGAAGAAUUAGAAGAGAACAUGGAGACGUAUGACGACAGCAGCUCGAGUCCAUCAGGAACCUUGAGAAACUACCCACUCACCUGCAAAGUGCUCUACUCAUACAAGGCCUCUCAGCCCGAUGAACUUACCAUCGAUGAGCAUGAGAUGUUGGAGGUUAUAGAAGAUGGAGACAUGGAGGACUGGGUCAAGGUGAACCAUUUAAACCUUAUUUCAGCAGUUCAACACACGAUCUACAGAAGAAAAGGAUUUUUCCUGUAAUGUGUCAAAAAUAAAGUUUUUCUGCACACAAACUUUUUAAAUGACAGUUGGUUGAGUUCUAUGCAAAACUUUUUGCUGAAUUCUGAUUAAGUGC